UUGUUAUUUAUUUGUCAAAUGUAAAAUGUGUUACAUUCAUAAUUUAUUUUGUUAGAGUCUGAGUACUUAAAACAAGCAUAAAUGCAUUUUAAAAGUUUCGAUAUGCUGUUAGAACUUUCUUUUAUUUUCAUUGUAAUUGCAACGACGACAACAGCUCAAGUCACAGAGUUGCUGGAUCUACCGUUAACGAUACUCAAUGGAGAGUUAGUCAUCCAUGCUAAUCUAUAUGCUUCCUCUGGAAAGGAAAAGUAUUCAAUAAAAGAAUUGAUCUCAGCUUCGGAAUCAGCCAUCACAGGCAAAAUUGUAGUCUCAAAUGAUAAGGAUUCGUACGAUAUUCAUUAUCAGUUUGAUAGAACUGGUAAGGACAGUAAGGAGAGAUUAGUUAUUCAAGGCAACGAUUGCACAUUAUACACUCACAGUAAAAUGACACAAAAUGCGAAUCUAUUUGGAACUAAUAAACCUCUCAGAGAUCUAAUACUCCUAAUGGGACCUUCAAUUAUAAACCGACUCGCUGGACAAUCAACUGUUUGGAGUGAAGCUACGCAGAAAGAAAUUAGAGGAUUCAAUAUGAAAGGUGCAACGACUACAGUCCAUAAAACAUUAGCAAUCAGUAUUUAUUACAAAGAUAAAUAUGACACUUCUUAUGGAGUUAAACAUCCAACUCGCAUUGAAUUCAAUGGCUAUGAGCCAUCUUCUUAUCCACCUGGAGAGAAGUUAUUUCUAGAUAUUUACCUGAAACAGUUCAAUCCAGCUCAAUUCGAUGCUUCAAAGUAUAAAGUUCAACUUUCGCCUGGAAUCGGUUGUCCACAUUACUUAUCUGAAAAGAAAACAAUGCCCGUAUUGGUGACUAAGUACAUACGCUUCACCAUGUAUGAGGAGAUCCAAGGCUCAACCCAUACUCGAACAUACAGUGAGGUUACGGCCUCUGGAAAGAACCUUUUGAUGAGACUUAAAACUUCUUUACUCGGUGUAGAAACAGAAGUCAUUUACGAUAAUGGACUUGGAAUAAUCCUUACUCUCGAAAAAGGUGGACAUUGCCAGAUGAAGAUCGGAGACAAGAACUCCCCUGGACGCAAUGCAAAAGGUUACUUCAAGCUAGAGAAUCUUCUCUUAGUCGAUGGCAACUUCAAUUAUAUUGGAAAGGGCUACUUCGGAGAUCAAUUCGAAUUUCCUGUUGAAGCGUGGGAAUCAGUUCAAUUCAAUGCUAAUUUUGAAGGAAAUAAAGUGGAUAAAUUUGUCGUUACUCAAUAUUUCGUUGAAUCGCCAAACAGUGCGAUAUUUAAUGGUUAUUCACUUGUAAGAACAAUGAUUUCCAUCUAUGAAUCAGACUCAUCGAAAAAAGUUAUGUUUUGGCUAAAGGAUCAAAAGAGACUACAUGGACUUGCAAACAGUUGA